UGUCUCGUCCCGAUAAUGCUGUGUCACAAUCAGUUAAACAGCGUCGUCACGGACUCAUCUCUGGUCGAGUCAAUCGGUCCUCUUUAUGUCAGGCUUCAUUUAGAGAUUUACCGAUUGUCAAAAAUUAGAGGAUUGAUUUCGAUGUUGGGCUGUACUAUAUUUGCGAUUACGAGGUGUUCACAGAUUACGAGAAUGGAUUUCAUCACUUUGGCUCUGUGGACUCUCUGCAUUGUUCUGAUUUUCACAAUUUUGUCGAUAGUGCAUCAUCAAUAUGUCAUUCGACAGAAACUUAAAAACUUUCCACAAACCGGCGGAUAUCCUUUUAUCGGCAAGAUAUUUGAGGUCAUAAAUAUGUCGGACUACGAACGCAUAAAAUGGGUUGUAUCGUUCAUGUACAAGUGUAAGGAAGGAAUAUUCGUACAUUGGCUUGGAGCCCGGCCUUUUAUUGUUGUGUUUAAGCCAGAAUAUUUAGAGCAUAUUUUUCCUAGCACUGUCAACAUCGCAAAAGGUGAUACUUAUAAUCUCUUCAAACCUUGGUUGGGCAACGGACUUCUGACCUCUUCAGGAAAACAGUGGUUUCACGAUAGAAAACUCAUCGGACCAACGUUUCACUUGAGUAUAUUAGAUCAAUUUGCUGUGGUUCUAUCUGAAAAAGCAGAGAUCUUAACAAUGUGCCUCGAAAGAGAGAUGGAAAAACAUCCAGGGGAAGCCAUUGAUAUUUUCCCUUUUGUUAUCAAUGCUGCUCUCGAUAUUAUUUGUGAAACAGCAAUGGGUGUGAAUAUACAUGCUCAAGAAACCGUUACGGAAUAUACUUCAGCAGUACAUAAGGCCUCCGCAUUAUUAAUAAACCGAUUUUUUCGACCGUGGUAUUGGAUUGAUUUGUUGUACUAUUCACUGCCUGCAGGAAAGGAAUUUCAAUCAGUUCUUAAUCAAUUGCAUGGAUUUACAAAUAGGGUGAUAAGUAAGAAAAAGGCUGAACGACAAUCGCAUAACUGUACAGAAGUAGAAAACGAAGAUGAUGAAUUUAACAUAGGUAAAAAGAAGAGGAAAGCGUUCCUAGAUCUAUUAUUAGACCAGAAUGCCAAAGCUGACACUCCUUUGACCGAUAAUGAGUUGAGAGCACACGUUGACACAUUCAUGUUUGGCGGACACGACACAACUGCGGUCGCGAUAACCUGGGCACUUUUUCUUUUGGGCAAUAAUCUCGAGCACCAAGACAAAGUUCACGAAGAACUCGAGGAGGUUUUCAGAGAUUCUCAAGCACCAGCUACUGUAAAAGAAUUGUCGCAGCUAAAGUAUCUCGACAGAGUUAUAAAGGAGGCCCUCCGAUUAUUUCCAAGUGCACCUUUCGUCGGAAGGGAAUUAUUGGAAGAAGUAAAACUGGAUAAUUACACAAUUCCGAAGGAUGUCACAGUCGGAUUGUCAAUCUUUUUAACACACCGAAAUCCAGAGGUCUGGCCGGACCCAACAAAGUUCGAUCCAGACCGCUUCCUUCCAGAAAACUCAAAGAAGAGGAACCCAUAUGCCUACGUUCCAUUCAGCGCUGGACCGAGAAACUGUAUAGGCCAGAGAUUCGCUUUACUUGAAAGCAAAAUUGUGUUGACUGCUAUUUUGAGGAAGUGGAGGGUAAAGAGCGUGAAAACGCUUAACACAAUUAAGUACGGUGUCUCUGUCAUUUUAAAACCGAGCGAGGAAGUUCACAUACAUUUCACUCCAAAGAAAAUUACGAGAAUGGAUUUUAUCUGUUUGGCUCUGUGGACUUUUUGCAUUGUUCUGAUUUUCACAAUUUUGUCGAUAGUGCAUCAUCAAUAUGUCAUUCGACAGAAACUUAAAAACUUUCCACAAACCGGUGGAUAUCCUUUUAUCGGCAAGAUAUUUGAGCUCAUAAAUAUGUCGGAGUACGAACGCCUAAAAUGGGUUGUAUCGUUCAUGUACAAGUGUAAGGAAGGAAUAUUCGUACAAUGGAUUGGAGCUACGCCUUUUAUUGAUGUGUUUAAGCCAGAAUAUUUACAGCAUAUUUUUCCUAGCACUGUCAACAUUGAUAAAGCAGAUAUUUAUAAUUUCUUUAAACCUUGGUUGGGCAAUGGAAUUUUCAUCUCUUCAGGAAAACAGUGGUUCCACGAUAGAAAAAACAUCGGUCCAACGUUUCACUUUAGUAUAUUAGAUCAAUUUGCUGUGGUUAUAUCUGAAAAAGCAGAGAUCCUAACAAAGUGUCUCGAUAGAGAGAUAGAAAAAGAUCCAGGGAAAGCCAUUGAUAUUUACCCUUUUGUUACUAAUGCUGCUCUCGAUGUUAUUUGUGAAACAGCAAUGGGUGUGAAUAUACAUGCUCAAGAAACCGUUACGGAAUAUAUUUCAACAGUACAUAAAAUUUCCGGGUUAAUAGUAGAUCGAGUAUAUCGACCGUGGUAUUGGAUUGAUUGGUUGUACUAUUUACUGCCCGCAGGAAAGGAAUUUAAAUCAGCCCUUAAUAUAUUGCAUGAAUUCACGAGUAAGGUGAUAAGCAAGAAAAAGGCUGAACGACAAUCGCACAACUACACAGAACCUGAAAAUGAAGAUGAUGAACUUAACAUUGGUAAAAAGAAGAGGAAAGCGUUCCUAGAUCUAUUAUUAGAGCAGAAUGCGAAAGCUGACACUCCUUUAACCGAUGAUGAGUUGAGAUCACACGUCGACACAAUCAUGUUUGCGGGUCACGAUACAAUCGCUGUUACGAUAACCUGGACAUUGUUUCUCUUGGGUAAUAAUCUUCACCAUCAAGAAAUAGUUCACAAAGAGAUUGAUGAGGUUUUAAAAAAUUCGGAGGCACAAGCUAGUGUAAAAGAAUUGUCGCAACUAAAGUAUCUCGACAGAGUCAUAAAAGAGGCGCUCCGUUUAUAUCCAAGUGCACCUUUCGUCUUAAGAAAAUUAGUGGAAGAAGUUAAACUGGAUAAUUACACGAUUCCGAAAGAUGUCACAAUCAGAUUGGCAAUCUAUUUAACACACCGUAACCCGGAGGUCUGGCCGGACCCAAUGAAGUUCGAUCCGGAUCGCUUCCUUCCAGAAAACUCAAAGGAUAGGAAUCCGUAUGCUUACAUUCCAUUCAGCGCUGGACCGAGAAACUGUAUAGGCCAGAGAUUCGCUUUACUUGAAGACAAAAUUAUGUUGACUGCUAUUCUGAGGAAGUGGAGAGUGAAGAGCGUGAAAACGCUUGACACAAUUAAGUAUGGUGGCUCUGUCACUUUACAACCGAGUGAGGAAGUACACAUGCAUUUCACUCCAAAGAAAUAAACAGUUCGUUAGCAAAUACAGUGUCUCCAUAAAGCGGGGACAUGUAGAGCAGGUAAAAAUAAUCCCAAAAGUGUCUGGUAUUUUUACGCUCUUGUAAGGAGACAUUUGUUUUUAAAUUGAAAAACCCGUCCUAUCCUCGACUGAAAAUAAAGAGGAAGGAAGGAGAACGUCGUAUUUACAUAACAAGCUUAGCAGGAAAGCGAUAAUAGUGCAGAUGUUGCAAAAAAUUAUAUUAUACUAAAGCGUGAUAGUUGCGAUAAAGAUGUCACGAAAACUAUGUAUGAUAUAUCUCAAUGCGUAUAUGUAUAGCUGAUAAAAAUAAAAAUUACACUUUUACAUUGUCCCA